AUUUAUAAAAUAAAAAGAUCAAGGAGAAAAAAAAAAGGAUCUCUUUCUUUUCUCUUUUUCUAUCUUUCUCUUCUAUUGUUGAUAUUAUUGAUGUAUUUACGCGUAUUCAUCAUUUUAUUGUAUGUGAUAACCCUCGUAUUUGGUUACCCUGCGUCUAAAUUCCUGAUCGAAAUUGAACAAGGUAUAUCAUCUGAAUUCAACAAACAAGUGAUGAUCAAUGAAGAUAUUCAAGCACAUUAUGAAAAUAUAUUGGAUGAAGUGAUUUCGACACAUAAUGAAGAUUUUUUAUUGACCAUGACCCAUUCGAUGACAAAAGAUAAAUUAGUUUCUUAUUAUCGACCUCAAAUCAAUUUGCUAUUGAAUGAUGAUGACUAUAUUGAUGAUAAAUGCUUAUAUCGAUUACCACAUUUACUUGGAAAACAACUUUUUGACAUUCACGCUGAUACUUUUGCCAUGGUGGCACCGAUGGUGCAAAACUAUAUGAAGAUGCAUUGGCCAACCCCUGAAGACUUGGAUGAAGAAGAAAUGACGGCGAUCGAAAUCGAAGACCAUCUUGUACAACUUAACUCGCAUUUGAUGACCCGUGUCAACCAUAUUAUGAUGGACCCAAAGGUCAUUUCGUCUCACCUUGCUCAACAAUUACAUGCUUGUCAGCAACAAUAUCAUCCUUAUCAACAUGGCCAUCUAUGGAAGAGAUGGAUGAUACAUUUAUUUGGAGUUUAUGAUAAUCACAAUGUGUGGAAGUCUGAGGAUCGUGAAUGGCAAGAUCAUUUCUUAUUCAAGUACUUGAUGGAUAUGCAACAAGAUCUCAAGGAUCAAUUGGACACUCGCAUGGAAGAUUUAGUGCAAAUCUUACAGGAUGACUUAUAUGACGAAUUCGUGGACUAUUGAUUCUUUAUAUAUAUAUAUUUCUAAAUCUACCCCUUCACUUUUUUUUUUUACUAUCAUCAUCACGACCAAUCUAGUUGAUAUCUUCAUUUCUCGUCUUUUUUCAUUCCUUGUUUAUAGUUAAUCAUUCAUCAUCAUCUUGUUUAUUUUUUUUUCUUCCUUUUGUAUAUAGUGUCUUAAUAAAACAACUUCUUUUUUACUCUU